UAUUUUUUAAAUAUUUUUCAGAGUGAUUUGGGGUACAGACCGCGGAGCAGUGCCAGUGUAAGCGGAAUAACGAGAAAUCCAACGAGCUCUAGUGGUAGUUCUAGCAGUUUAGGUGGUUAUCGGAGCAGCUACUCAACGAGUCUCGGAUCCGCUCGAGCAUCGUUAGCUUCUUCAAAAGACAGAACAAUUACCCCGUCUUCAGGAUACAGAAGUACUGGAUUAUUGAAACGGACUGAAGAUAAAUCCUAUAAGCUCCCAAAUAAAAGCGAAAAAAGCCUCGGAACAACGCUGCUGGAAAAGUAUUCUUAUCCUGUAACAAAAACGAGCCCGCGUAUAUCAUCAGUGCUGGAGAAAUACGGGGAGCGUGUCGGUGACAAGACCCGAGAAUCAGAGACACCGUCAAGGUAUGUGAACAGCUCGUAUCGCGGAUCUGGAUCGCGUGAAAACGACCAAGACAAAAGUGGAGAAAAAAUAAAAGGAAAUGAUAAUUCGGGUGCUUCCUCUUCAAGACCCUCCUCUUCAAAUGCCUCUCACUACUCUAACACCAAUUCAAACCGGGGUAAUGCCGCAACUUUGCCGAGAAGUUUCGCCUCAACUUCUACAAGAGAACCCAGUCCCGAAAUUACUGGGACAAAGCCGACCUCCUUCAAAGUUCACGCCAGAAUUUCAAAUUAUGGACAGACUGGAACUGCAUCUGAAACACCAGUAACUAGCAAGUUUACCAACUCCUCGAGGCAAGGAUCUUCCUCAGCGAGUCAUAAUGGAGAGAGAACCGAAAUACCUAUAGGCCAGCCCCAUCCUCCCAGCUCGACAACAAUAGCAACAGCAACAACUACCACUACUGCUUCAGCAUCAGCAUCCGCUGACAGACUGUUGUCUUCAUUAUCCUCUAUGAAAACAGUUUCUUCAGUGUUAAAUCCCGACGGGGAAUACGACAGCAACAAAUCCACACCUACACCCACUGAAUCGGUAAACAUCUCUCAGUCAAACUCACUCGGAAAAAGUGUAAUUGAAGUCUCAGACAAGGAUAACCAAAAGGAUCAAGUUAAAGACAAAGAAGAAGACAAUGAAGAUAAAGAUAAAGACGGUCAGCCGAGAAACAAAGCAAAAACAAAUGUACCCUCCAGCACCGAAGAUCCUGUCAAACUAGUAACUAUCACCGUCGUCUCGCGUGGAACAUCUCCAGGCCCCCCAGGACCCGCCACAGCGUUUAUCCGAUCGAGAAGAGUCGACAUAGCUCGCACUAUCCAGAAAGAUAUCACUCGUUUCAUUAAAAACCCAGAAGAAUUCAAAGACGCCGGGAUGCAGAGCGACCGUAUGGAUGACACCGCCAGAUAUUCGCGGUACGCCAUCCGGUCUUCACCUUGGUCUGCCUCCUCACCCUCCUCGUCGUAUCUCGAAAAAUUUUCAUCUUCAGGUUCUUUUUCGAGGACUUACGACUCCAGAGUCAGCAAUUUUGGGUACAGACCGGCUGUUACAGAACCCUCUUCUUCAGCUAUUUCUUCAGCUUCCACUCCGCCUCCACCUUUUUCUUCUACAUCGAUAACUAGACACAACGAAGCUCAUUUUAAAACUGCAAGUGUUAAACCCGAGGACACAAAAGAACCCCCGUGUCCUGCCACGCAAGAUUGCAAUUUAUCACCCGAACUAGAGACCGAAAAGACGUCUCCGGAGAAGGAAGUUAAGCGGGAUAACUCUGUUACCUCGGGUUCAUCAUCUGCUCCGUCAUCCCGACGCGCCUCGCUAUCAAGGCAAGAUGUCACACCCAAGUCUCUGUCGAGGAAUGGCUCUGCUAAGAGCUUUAAGCCUCAACAACAGCAACAACAACGUCAAAUAACACCGGGAAGAACUGACUCUUCGGACAGCGCGACUGUCAGUUUGCCAACUGGCAAGUCCAAGUCCACGUCAGCCAGCUCGCUGACGAGUCAUAAUGCAAAAAUAAGAGCUCCCUCUCAGUCUCUCAAAACUUCAUCCGAGGUGGUCACCUCGUCAUCCGCGGCUACACCUUCUAAUUCGCGCAGUGGAUCCGCUACUGCACGUGGAAAGCCUCCCGUUCCUGGGAAAACUACUAGUGACAGUUCUGGGAGUAUGAAGACCUCUGGUUCUGGUUCUAGUUCUAUCAAGUAUGUCAACAAAGACUUUAGAAAAUCCGCGCUCAAUAUGCCGGAUGCAAGUGACUCUAGUUCGAGAAAUAAAUUAAAUCGCAAGAGAACUAAAAGCUCGCGCAGUGGCUCUGUCAGUUCUCAGGAGGACGUUAAGAGUAAUAAUAGCUUCUCUACUAGUAAUAAUAGUAAUAAUGGAAACGAAACAAGUGGUAAGAGUCAUAUACCUCGUAUAAAUGGCUUAAAAAACGGCUCUAGCUCCUGUCUUGUUAUUUAUAAUAAGCUAAGAAGCAACUCAGAAUCUCCAAGAAGAAAAGCUAGCGUAUCUUCGGAGCAAACUAGUUUGCCAAGUGACUCUUGCUCAAGCUCUUCUUCUUCAUCCUCCUCUUCUUCUUCGUCAUCUUCCGAGAGCAAUGAUGAAGAUCAGCCGAAGAGCAAUCGAAGAAAACGCAGGAGCAAAAAUUCGACGAGUUCAAUGGGGAAAAAAAUGGGAAGCAAGGCUCUUGCUGUCAGUGCGAGUUCUUCGAGAACAAGUGUCUUAGCGCUGUCUACCGACGAAUUGUCUCUAGGAAUGGACAAACCGAGAGCUGGCUCCUCGUGUGGAAGCUUCAAGAGUGAGAAAUUGAAAACUGACGAGGCUAAGGCUUUUCUUAUAAGGACUUUGACGCCUGUUGCUAAUAUUUAUGAGGAAGACACCAGGUCCGAUAGUUGGGGGAAAAAAGAACCACGGAGAGGAUCGAUAAGGUCGAAUUCUGGGAGCCAGAAUUUUAAUGCGAAUAACGGAUUAGGUUUUUCUGAGAAUAAUAAUAAUGUUAAUAUUGUUAGUAAUGAUAGUAAUAAUAAUAAUAAUGAUAAUAAUAAUAAUAAUAAUAAUAGUUGUGGUGGAAGAGAAAAUGAGACAUUGAAAAGACAAUAUUCUGGGGAAAAAGCUUGGUGGAUGGACGCUAACUCAGACAAUGUACCUGAGGGGAUAGAGCGUGUUAGUGUCUGUCAAGAUGAAAUAAGUCAAGAGACAACUGUCAGCACUAAUUUGCCUGAUGAUGGUAAAUACAAAGUAUGGAAAGACUCAGUGCAAGAAGACAGUUGGUGGAUAAACCAAGAGGAGCUGCCCGUGAAGAAAGAAUCGAGCUCGUCGUCGAGAAAAACAAGCAAAAAAUCAAGCAGCGCUACCGAGCGGAAAAACCGUCUGAAGCAUCAGCAAUCCGGAGAACGUGCUUGGUGGAUGAGCGAGGACCCCAGUGAAGUACCCGAAGGCAUUGAAGUUUACCCGAGUGGCGGCGCGUCCCCGCAAAACGUGAGCCAAGGACAAGACUCGGUCCCGGGAAGCGAGACUGUUUCGCUGAGUGUCAAUAGAAUAAGACACAUUGAGUCGGGAGAACGCGCCUGGUGGAUGGACAGUAACUCAAAUAUUCCCGAGGGUGUACAGAAAAUAAGUAUCGAGAACGAGUCCAAUAGCAAUUCGGACGACUUGUCCGGGUCGUAUGAGAAACUUGAAAUAUAUCCCGGCAGAUCGAUUGUCGGGGGUGAUGGUUGCACUUCUGUGGGACGUACUGGACACCAAGGACAUACUGAGUCGGAGAUGGGUAUUGAAUUUACGACGUCAAUGUCGGAGGAUUUGCCUCUCGGCGAUCGUAUAAGUCCAGAAGGGGUUGAAAAUCCAUCAACGUUAGAAUGUUACCGGACACCGAGUUACGACAAGAUCCAGCCCAUAAACAUGCAUCAUAAUCAUGUGCGUCGCAAAUCAUCGCCGCGCAAGCGGCCAUCGACGUUGCCUUUGUUCAUCGGCGGAGUUACCAAUAUCGAUGACAUUCUAGGUGAACCAGCUGCUUACAACACUUCCGUAAUAUCACGCGUAUACAAACAGGAAGCGGUGAAUGUUGGAGAAACUUCGGAUGGGAGCUCGGAAUGUGAAGAGAUAGAUGUGGCUGAAGUUAUAAUCCACGACAGCACGCCGAAAACUCCGGUUAUUCAACGACGAGUAAGGGAUAAAGAGAGACCACAGCCAGACGGUUACAUCCCGGUAAGUCUACAUACAAAGUUAUAUCAACUGAACUUAAUUUAUUUACAUAUUUAUAUUGUUCUUUUGGUGAUUGUUUUUCUCGUUGUGUAUUUGAGGGAACUUUUGAAUUUAUCUUCAAACGAAACGACUCUUUACGUUGUUUAG